GGCGGCCCCGGCUGCAGCCCCGGCCCCCCCGCCCGGCCCACGCCCAGAGGCCGCCCCGGAGGCCGCCGCCUGCCGCCAGAUCUGAACAGAAUUAAGAAGAAAGAGCUUCCACAAUCACAGCAGAUGAAGAUCCACUGGUAAAUCGAUUAGGAUUUUUGGCCUGCCCUCCAAAGUAAAGGAGCGGAAAGAAUGUCGGAGCGGGCCGCGGAUGACGUCAGGGGGGAGCCGCGCCGAGCGGCGGCGGCAGCGGGCGGAGCAGCGGCGGCGGCCGCCCGGCAGCAGCAGCAGCAGCAGCAGCAGCCGCCGCCGCCGCCGCCGCCGCCUUCGCAGCCCCAGCGGCAGCCGCCGCCGCCGCGGCGCCUCCGGCCGGAGGACGGCGGCCCCGGCGCCGCCUCCACCUCGGCCGCCGCCGCAAUGGCGACCGUCGGGGAGCGCAGGCCCCUGCCCAGCCCAGAAGCGAUGCUGGGACAGUCGUGGAACCUGUGGGUCGAGGCUUCCAAACUUCCCGGGAAGGACGGCACGGAACUGGACGAAAGUUUCAAGGAGUUUGGGAAAAACCGCGAAGUCAUGGGGCUCUGUCGCGAAGACAUGCCAAUAUUUGGUCUGUGUCCAGCCCACGAUGAUUUCUACUUGGUGGUGUGUAACGACUGUAAUCAGGUUGUCAAACCGCAGGCAUUUCAAUCACAUUAUGAAAGAAGACAUAGCUCAUCCAGCAAGCCUUCUUUGGCCGUUCCUCCCACUUCAGUAUUUUCCUUCUUCCCUUCUCUGUCCAAAAGCAAAGGAGGCAGCGGAAGUGGAAGCAGCCGUUCUUCCAGUGGAGGUGUUCUAAGCGCAUCCUCAUUAAGUUCCAAGUUGCUGAAAUCACCCAAAGAGAAAUUGCAGCUCAGGGGGAACAGCAGGCCAAUGCAUCCCAUUCAGCAGAGUCGAGUCCCCCACGGUAGAAUCAUGACGCCCUCUGUCAAAGUGGAAAAGAUUCAUCCGAAGAUGGAUGGCACACUACUGAAAUCUGCAGUGGGGCCUACCUGUCCUGCUACUGUGAGUUCCUCAGUCAAGCCUGGCCUUAACUGCUCCUCAAUACCAAAGCCAACCUUGCCUUCACCUGGACAGAUUCUGAAUGGCAAAGGGCUUCCUGCACCAUCCACUCUGGAAAAGAAGUCUGAAGAUAAUUCCAACAACAGGAAAUUUUUAAAUAAGAGAUUAUCAGAAAGAGAGUUUGAUCCUGACAUACACUGUGGGGUCAUCGAUCUCGACACCAAGAAGCCCUGCACCCGCUCUUUGACAUGCAAGACACAUUCCUUAACUCAGCGGAGGGCUGUCCAGGGUAGAAGAAAACGAUUUGAUGUGUUAUUAGCCGAGCACAAAAACAAAACCAGGGAAAAGGAAUCGAUUCGCCAUCCGGACUCUCAGCAACCAACGCAGCCUCUCAGGGACCCGCAGCCCGCCCCUCCUAGACCUUCACAGGAGCCACACCAAAACUCUCACGGACUGAUUCCUUCUGAAUCAAAGCCUUUCGUAGCUAGUAAACCUAAACCUCACACCCCCAGUCUUCCAAGGCCUCCAGGCUGCCCUGCUCAGCAAGGUGGGAGUGCCCCCAUUGACCCUCCUCCAGUCCAUGAAUCUCCACACCCUCCCCUGCCUGCCACUGAGCCAGCUUCUCGGUUAUCCAGUGAGGAGGGAGAAGGCGAUGACAAAGAAGAGUCUGUUGAAAAACUGGACUGUCAUUAUUCAGGUCAUCAUCCUCAGCCAGCAUCUUUUUGCACAUUCGGGAGCCGGCAGAUUGGAAGAGGCUAUUACGUGUUUGACUCCAGGUGGAACCGGCUUCGCUGUGCCCUCAACCUCAUGGUGGAGAAGCAUCUGAACGCGCAGCUGUGGAAGAAAAUCCCACCCGUGCCCAGCACCACCCCACCCGUCUCCACACGUGUUCCUCACCGGACAAACUCUGUGCCGACAUCACAAUGUGGGGUCAGCUAUCUGGCAGCAGCCACUGUGUCUACAUCCCCAGUCCUGCUCUCGUCCACCUGCAUCUCCCCAAAUAGCAAAUCGGUACCAGCUCAUGGAACCACACUAAAUGCACAGCCCUCCACCUCUGGGGCAAUGGAUCCUGUGUGCAGUAUGCAAUCCAGACAAGUGUCCUCUUCAUCCUCGUCUCCCUCCACACCCUCUGGCCUUUCCUCAGUGCCCUCCUCCCCUAUGUCCAGGAAACCUCAGAAGUUGAAAUCCAGCAAGUCUUUAAGGCCCAAGGAGUCUUCUGGUAACAGCACUAACUGUCACAACGCCAGUAGCAGUACCAGCGGCGGCUCAGGAAAGAAACGCAAAAACAGCUCCCCAUUGUUAGUUCACUCUUCCUCCUCCUCCUCCUCGUCUUCUUCUCAUUCCAUGGAGUCUUUUAGGAAAAACUGUAUGGCACACUCUGUGCCUCCCUACCCCUCAACGAUAACAUCUUCCCAUGGCAUGGGCCUCAACUGUGUGGUAAAUAAGGCAAACUCUGUGAGCGUCCGGCACGACCAGUCAGGGAGGGGGCCCCCAGGUGGGAGCCCCGCUGAGUCCAUCAAGAGGAUGAGUGUGAUGGUGAACAGUGGCGACUCCACGCUCUCCCUCGGCCCAUUCAUCCACCAGUCCAGUGAGCUGUCCGUCAACUCCCACACCAAUUACUCACACUCUCACACUCCUCUAGACAGACUCAUAGGAAAGAAAAGGAAGUGCUCGCCUGGCUCAAGCAGCAUCAACAACAGCAGCAACAAACCUACAAAGGUUGCCAAAUUGCCAGCCAUGAACAACGUGCACAUGAAACACACAGGCGCCAGCCCAGGGGCACAGGGACUGACGCACAGUCCCCUUCUCCAUCAGCCAAAGGCACGUCCCUGACAGCAGAAAAUAGCGCGGGGAGGAAUAAUCUGGACACUUUUGACGACAAGUUACACCUCCACUCAGCACUAUGGACUCCACGAUGCCUUUGAGUCUGUUUUCCCAACCUCCUGUGGGCCUCGAGGGUAGAAAUCUGCCUGCCGGGCUGUUGUUGUAACGAGGAUUUCCCUGAAGCUAUGUCUGUAGCAGUGAGUACUUGUAAAGGACACUGGAUCAAGUUCAGCCACCGAAUUGCUUUUAUCAGUGUUAAAGUGGUCUGGACUGCUUGCUACCAAUCUGUGAGAAGUUGUUGCUUUGAUUUUUAACUUGUAGUAAAUUAUGGAGCCACUCUUUGAGUAGAUUGGCUGGGCGAAAGAAUGUCUUGGCAAGAGCAUUACUGUAGACUUUUCUCCCUCCUCCCCCUUCCCGUCCCAGUUCUUACCUUACACUGUCUUCUGUAGGUCACCCUACAGCAAUUAGGUACCCCAUCUGGAGACACCUUCCAGAGGAGAGCAGAGCUGCACCAUGAGCAACCCUCCAGAGAAGCAAUGAGUUGUUAGGUUUUUAGAGCAAUAUUCUGGGAAUGGAAUAUGGACGGUAGCACGAGGCACCAUGACAAAAUAGCUUGUAUUUUUCCCCAGCCUUUUGCAAGUAAUUUGGGGCAAGACGGUGUCAAAAGUUUCUGACUUACAAACUGGUUUAAAGCCAUCGAUGCCCAGAGAGCAAGUCUACCACAUUUUAGAGGCUUACUUUUCAUGGUACAAAAGCAAUUCUGUGUGAUUUUUUUUUUCUUUUAAGAAAAUGCAAAUGCAAACUAGUUUUGAUAACGGAAAGCCAAAUUUUAGUUGGGGGGAGGGAGGUGGAUAAAAUCAGUAUGGGGGAAAUGUUUUUCCACAAUUUCCAAAGAGAUGGAAUUUUUUAUCCUUUAAGUUUUCGUGUUACACAUUACACAGUACGGCAGAUUGGCUUGGUUGCCCUGCCCAGUCUCCUCUAUUUUUAAAAAAAUGCCUUUGUAAAGUGAAGUUAUUAGGAUGCAGCAGAAACUGUCAUUCACUAAGUCAUUAAGAUACUUCAUGUUUCCAGGGCACUGUGUGCAUUACCCUCAGUUUCUGUGGCUACCGUCCUGGGACUCAGUGUACACUUCUGCUUUCAGCACUCCCCGUAUCGUGUGUGUGUGUGUGUGCACUCCUCUUCCUCUCCAUACGUUCAUUUGGAUGCCCCUGGGUGGGGAGUAGGCACCCAGGGAGGGGCGUAGGCAAACAUGAUGUGAUGCAGAUGUUUCCCCAACAAACCCUCCUUUCUGGGGAUUAAUACCAGCCAUUUUUCUGAGAGAGUUUUGGAGUCCCUCGAAGUUAUUUAUUUAUUAUUAUUAUUUUAUUAUUAUUAUUAUUAUUAUUCAAAUACCCCAUCCCAAAAGAAAGAGCUUACUGUGUUAAAACAUCAUUGCUUGAGAAGGUAUCAUUGAAUUUGGGGGAUGAGCUGGGGCAUUUUAACUGGUGAUUCCAUGAUCAUAGCUCCUGAAAUAAGAACCCAGGCACUUUUACUUAGAACACACAAAGUUGCUGAACAUCACAGGGUAAAUUUCCCCAGGCUCCGAUCAUUGCUCUGGGCAGGGCCUGGACCAAGCCAAUGAGUGCAUCCUUUUUUUCCCUACAAUUCUUGGGUUACAAACUUUAGUUUCAGGGAAUUUCAAGUCAACAAGUAGAAUGAAUAAAUACUUGGUUACCAGCCUAAUAAUGUGAAUUGCUACAGAAUUAUUCUUAUUAUGUAAGGCAACAAAAACUUUAUGCAGAUACUUUAGAUAUAAAUUGUUGUAAAAUAUUGAUUUUUUUUAAAGGAAGGGGAGAAGUGUAUCUUGUUCACUUAUUAUGCAAUCAGUAAAUAUUUUUUAAAAAUGAUACUAUAGGAGAGCUUAGUAAGGAGAGCGCAUGGAUGGGCCAGUUUGGUGUAGUUAAGGAGAAAUCAGCCUGGUUGUUCCAUCCCAGUGGAGGGAGAGAAGGAAGUAAGAGGGAAUCAGAACGUACUUUGUUGAUUCCUUGGUGACAAGUGCAAUGGGGUUUGGGUAGAAUUUAUUUUCAGAGCCAAGGGGACUUGAUGGAUAUAAAGUUGCUUUUAGCGAUGGAAUUUAUAGACAGAUCAUGUUGUUCCGAAAGAUGUGAAUAGGAUCCACGAUAGCAAGUUGAUUCAGAAUUAUGUAGAUAUUUAGAUACGCGAGUGUUGAUCAUUUGAUUUCUUAGACUGAGGUUUUAAUUGAAUUUCACUAUGUCUCCCGGGAGAACACAGGUCAUCGGGACUAGGAAAUUAGCCAUUUUGGAUUCUGCUUGCCACAAACAGACCUAUUCUAAACAGUGCUAUUGAAUUUUAGACUGUUCAAAUAUUUUAUUUUCUCCUACAACUACUUUUUAUUAUAAUGAACAAUUAAGACCAUUUAAAACACGGGAGUACAAGUAUUUUUUUGAAUUAAAUUAACUUGCGAAAACCAAAUUUGCAGUGGUUGGGUUGUUUCUAGACAGACUUUGGUAUCAAUUUAAAACCAAGAUAAUUUUUAUAUUCUUUCCAAUAGAAUUUCAUGACAACUCCUGCAGUUUUCUUAACCUACAAAAAAAAAAAAAGUGCUGCAUUGAUGAACAAAGAAUUCUACAAAACCUACUUUUGUAUCUUUAUUUUGGAAUUUCUUGUUCUAUUAUAAAUAUGGAAGUAUCCCUAUUUCAGAAGACAUAUUUUGUUAAAAAUGAAUUGUACAUAUUUAAAUAUGUAUUUUUGCACAGGUCUUUUUUUCUGAUAUCCUGUUUUGGUACAAUUGAGAUCAUCUAGUAUUUAUUUAUUAAUUAAUAAAAGUAAAUACCUUUUUAUAAUUUGAAGUGGUUCACUGCCAAGCCAAUAGUUCUAGAACCUGCCUCCUUUACAGUUUAAGGGAUGCCUCUGUUCUGUGAAAGUCUUUUUGUCCCUUUUCAUGUCUCGGGAGCGGAUUCAUGCCGAUUAAGUGGGCAUUGCUUCUCUAGUUGCCUGAUUCCCGAUAGACUACAUGUAACAAAGUGACACACUGCUUUUCUUUUGUUCGUGUUUUAUGUGUGAGUGUGAGUGCGCCCGCGUGCCUGUGCGUUUGGAUGUGUACACUCUGAGCACAUGUGUGUUCAUGUGUGAUGUGGUUUAAAACUAACGGGAAAAACUGAAAGUGCCUGAACCUAGUUUUAAGCUUCGACAGAUUCUUUAAAAAGACUUGAAUGUUCAGUUCAACUUUUGGAGUUUGCUUUUUCCACCUAAAUAUUGUUUCUAAAAUCUUAGUGGAGGAGAUGAAAACCACCAAUGCUGGUAAUUUUAAGAGGUGUUUUAAAAUUAAGGCCUUUUGGUUCACAGUAAUUGAACUGGUGAUGGAUUGCCUGGUGGCACCAAGGGUUACAAAUCUUUUUUGUCAGCCAGCAACUUACACAAUAUGUCCGUUUUGUUAUUCACUCAUGAAAUACAGAGUUUAAAUAGAAUAUUUAAAAGAUUUUAUAUUCCAAAAAUAUAAUACAAAGUACCUCUGAGAACAUUGAAAAAUGUAUAAUUUGAAAAAUGUAACUUAUUAAAGGCAGCUGUCUUCCUGCAAGAGUUCUGUUGCCAAGGAAUUUCUUACUAUCUCAUUCUGUCCGGGGCCGGGGGGGUGGGGGGACUUUGGAAAAUGAUUGUUAAAGUUUCGUUGUUUAGCAGAAAAAUAAUCAUUUUUACAUUUUGUGCAAAACAUUCUACAUUUUCAGAUCAUUUAAAUGAGCACUACAUACUGUCAGUGUGAAUGUAGGGCCUUGAAAAGCAUUUUGCUGUUUUGUUUUUGUUUUUGUUUUUUUGAGCUUGGUUAUAAAAGCAAUCUCCUGUGUUAAAAUGUGUGAAUAGUUUGAUAAUUUGUACACAUAAUCAAGAGCAUCUCAGCUGGACUUUGUGUUGGCUGCUGUAUAGAACAUGAACAAAUGUCAAGGGAUAGAAAAUUACUUUGGAUAUUUAAAAGAGAAGAAAUAUAUAGUCUAUUUGUUUUGUAACAAGUUUCUGUAAAUAAAAUAAUUUAUACUAUUUAUAAGAAAAGGUUGUGCUUUGCUUUAUGAGAAAUUAGUUUGUGGAACAAACAUGUUACUAAAUGGGCAAUAAAAUUAGGACUUCUCAAUAAAUGAGGUUGGCUGCAUGAAAUAUUUU